AUGGUAUGGGCGACGACAACUCACGUUGGAUGCGCGGUGGUAGAUUGUCGUGGCCGACCGGGUUUUGUUUACGAUACUGCAAUUGUGUGCAAUUACGGUCCAAGCGGUAACCUAAUAGGUGCAAGACCCUACACAGCGGGUAGUGCCCAAGACUGUCGUCCUGCGGUCGUCAAGCCCACUCCCACCACCAGGCCAACAGAGAGUCUAGGCACCCAUCACCAUCAUCCUCAUUCGAAAGGGAAUCGUCCGCCACAACGACAUCCGCCGCACGGAAAUUCGCGUCAACCAUAUUGGAUAUAUCCACAGUGGGGAUGGUAA